AUGCCCAUCCAAGAAAAACCCACACCCCAAGCCACACCCAAAUCACGGCCCAAAAGCUCCACCCUCAAUGUAAUAAUAAUCGGCGCCGGCCUCGGCGGCCUGGGCGCCGCAAUCUCAAUCCUGCUCGCCGGGCACCCCGUAACAGUGCUCGAAUCCGCGCGCAGCAUCAGCGAAGUCGGCGCGGGCAUCCAGUGUCUCCCAAACAGCACCAGAAUCCUACGCUCGUGGGAUAUACACGAGAUACUUCCAUCGAAAGCCUCGAAAACAGAGAGAUGCAAUAUCCUGAACUGGAGGGGGGGUCUUAUUUCAAGUAUGGACUUUGCGGCGGCCGGGACAGAACACGGUGCUCCGUUUUAUGAUUUCCAUCGUGCGGAUUUACAUUCUGUCCUGCUGAACCGGGCAAUGGAGCUCGGGGCGGAUAUUCGCACGAAUAGUGAAGUUGUGGACAUCUAUUUCGAUGAUGAGCAGAGCAUCGCCACGGUCUUGAUUAAGGACCAAGACGCUCAAGUUGCAGACCUGGUCAUCGGCGCCGACGGAAUCAACUCGCGGUGCCGCGAGAUCUUGCUCGGACGGCGUGAACCACCGCAUCGGACGGGUGAUAUGGCGUAUCGGAUUCUCCUUGAUGCUGAAGAUGUAAGGAGGGAUCCAGAGUUGGUGAGGUAUUUGGAUGAGAGGGCCGUGAAUUAUUGGUAUGGGCCUGGGGCGCAUGCUGUAACGUAUCCCCUUCGCGACGCAUCACAGCUCAACCUCGUCCUGCUAGUCCCGGACAACAUGCCCGAAGAAGGCCCGUCAACACUACAGGGCUACGUGGACGAGAUGCAGGGGUUAUUCAAGGAGUGGGAUCCAAAAAUCGGAAAACUCCUCGCCCUGUGUCCAUCCGUCCUCCGAUGGCGCCUCUGCAUCCGCAACAGCAUCGACUCCUGGGUCCAUCCCAGCCAGGCUUUUGCACUUCUCGGCGACUCCGCGCACGCGACACUCCCUUACCUCGCCAGCGGGGCGGGAAUCACAUUUGAAGACGCAGCCGUGCUAGGCGAGUGUCUUAGUCGGAUCCAAUCCCGCUCUAAAGAUGAGAAGGCUAAGGCGUUGGGCGUCUAUGAGCUGUGUAGGAAACUGCGGACGGAGACUGUUGUGCAGCGAGGGUCGAUCCAGCAGGAUUUGAAUCACCUUGACGAUGGGGAGGAACAGAGGGAGCGGGAUCGGAAGAUGCGUGGGUUUGAGGCUGUUGAGAGGGAUUAUCUUCAAGGGGGACGGGGACCUUUACCUGACGGGUUGGAAGAUGGGGAGGAUCCUUUGGUGUGGAGGAGAUAUGGGGUUGGGAGGUGGUUGUUUAAGUAUGAUGCUUGGGAAGAUGUGGAAGAGAAGUGGAAUGCUGUACGGAAUUAG